ACUAUUAUUACCUUAAUAAUAAUUUAAUUUACUUAAAAUCUUAAUUAUAUUAUUCAGUUAAAGAUGACAGAUGAUCGUCGUUGGAUGUAUAGACGACGAGGUCCUCGUGAAGAUUGUGAUGCCGAAUUUCUUUAAUGGAUUACAACAAUUUUUUGAUUUCGUCUAUAGUCGUCCUGGUGUUCACUUGAAUGCCGAAAUUCGUUGCCCCUGUAGUAAAUGUGAAAAUUUACCUCACCACAACAAGGCAACUGUAAUAGACCAUCUGUUGAGGUAUGGUUUCAUGGAUGCAUAUUCUGUGUGGUGGGCACAUGGUGAAACUUUAAGUAACAAUGUUGAUCCAUGGUUAGCUACAAGUGAUGUGGCAUCCUCAAGUAAUAUUGAGGAACAUGUUAAUAUUGAGGAACAUGUUAAUAUUGAGGAACAUGUUAAUGCUGAGGAUGAUAUCCAUCACAUGGUUUAUCAUGCAUUUUGUCCAUCUAAAAAUGAUCACCCUAGAAAUGAAACAGAGUUCGCAUCUGAAAGUGUUGGGGAUGUGCCAAAUAGACAUGCACAAUCUUUUUAUGACUUGUUGCGUGCUUCAACCAUCCCACUCGGACCAUCAUCUAAUAAUCAAACAUUGCUUGGAUGGUUAUCAUAUAUGCUGCACUACAAAGCCAAAAACAACAUAACUGGUGUUGGUUACAAUGACAUCAUUCAGGGCUGUAGGCAAUUGUUAAGUCCAGAAGAUCAGCAAAAAGUACUGUCAAAUUUUUAUGAAGCAAAAAAAUUCAUGAAAAACUUAGGUUUAGGCUAUGUCAAAAUUGAUGCAUGUGUCAACAAUUGCUUUCUGUAUUAUGGUGAUGAGGCAAAGUCACUUAUUGCUUGUCUAGUUUAUGGUGAACCUAGGUAUAAAAAAUGCAACUUGGUUCAAACUCAAAAAAAGGGUAGGCCCAGGAAUUCUUUGUGGUAUCUACCUAUUAUUCCACGUCUACAGAGGCUGUACAUGUCUCGUAAAACUGCUGAGCAUAUGACAUGGCACCUUAAAUGUCGUGUUGACUCGGAGAUCCUCAUUCAUCCUGCUCAGUCUACUGCUUGGAAGCACUUUGAUGUCGUUCAUCCUUCAUUUGCAUCCGAUCUGCGAAAUGUCCGUCUUGGUCUUACAACAGAUGGUUUUAACCCGUGGGGUCAUUCUUCGAGGUCAUAUUCCUGUUGGCCUGUUUUCAUUGUUGUUUACAAUCUUCCUCCUGAGAUGUGCAUGCAACCUGAGUUUACAUUCCUUACACUCGUUAUUUCUGGACCAAAAAGUCCAGGAAAAAACAUUGAUGUUUUCCUCCGUCCACUUAUUGAUGACUUGAAAUGGUUAUGGUCGUCGGGGGUAGAAACAUUUGACAGCUUCCAUAAACAGAACUUCACAAUGCGAGCCAUGCUUAUGUGGACCAUAACAGAUUUCCCCAGCUAUGAUGGGUUUGCAUCUAAUAUCGCACGUUGUGUGAACUUAGCUGAGCUACGCUUAGUUGGAUUGAAGAGUCACGAUUGCCACAUAUUAAUGCAGCGCCUCAUUCCAAUUGCUUUCCGUGGCUUGUUACCGGAUUCUAUAUGGGGUCCAUUAACAGAAGAUUUUGCUCACGAUAUUUUGGUGCGGAUCUUGAAACAAGUUGGAACACGCUGUCUAACCACUCAAGAGAUGAAGGCAGCUGAACUUUAUGUCCUACUAAACUGUAGGGAAGUUGAUGCGCUUCUUAGCAUCUUUGAUCGAGAAGUUGGUGUAUAUGUGACCCCUUUGACUCCACACGAAGCACGCACAAGAAGUUUUGUUAUGUGGUUCAAAGAUAGGGUGUUAAAUGGCUAUCAUGAAAGGAAUGAGGUUUUGCAAUACCUUGCACUGGGUCCAUCAUGGACUGUGAAUGUGUACAGAGGAACAACCAUAUCUGAUGAUGCUGAGACUGAUUAUUAUGGCAUCCUUAACGAAGUCAUCGAACUAUUGUAUUAUGGACCACAUGCGCAAAUGCAGACAAUUGUCUUAUUCAAUUGUGAUUGGUUCGAUAUACGUAGGGGAACACGCAUUAACCAAGUUUAUAACAUUGUUGAGGUCAACCCACGAUAUCAAUUGUCGACUGGCGAGCCAUUUUGCUUGGCAUGUGAAGCAACGCAAGUGUAUUACAGUAGUUACCCAUCAAAUAAUCGAGCAACUCAUGGAUGGUUCGCCGCAUGCAAAAUACGUGCUAGACAUUUGGUCGACGCUUCUUCAACCUCAUUUGAUAUGGAAGAAAUAUUCAAAGAUGAGGAACCACCAUCAACACAAUCGAAUGAGCAUAGUUCCAAUUUGGCAUCUACAGAACGCAUGAAUCUGCAUGCAGAAGGAGCAAAAAUGGUUGACUUAAAUGGAGAUGCAAAUGAUGAUGUUGAUGAAAAUCCGAGUGAAGGAAAUGAAGGAUAUGAAACAAGAGGCGAUGUUGGUGACGAUAGUAGUAAAACUGAAUAGUCGUUAAAUAAUUGAAGUUCAUGUACAAUAGCAGUUUUAAAAUUUGGUUGUCAUUUGAAAAUAUAAAUUGUGUAUAAGACUUCGUAAUUAACAAAUGCACUUAUGAAUG